AACGGUCUGGUUAUAAACGUUUUGACAUUGAGAAACACAUUUUCAUCACACGUUUUCUGCUUGACUUCGUCUAAAUAUUAUUGAAAGACUGUCUUUUGGUCAUGUCAGAACUAAAAAAGAAGAGUGAAAACCCAGAAAACAUAACACGAGGAAAACCUAAAUCUGGCAGAGUUUGGAAAAAUGUGCAAAACCAAAGAUUUUCAGAUAUUAAACAAGUGAAAUCUUUCAAGACCUCGUGGUCAGAUAAAAUGAAAAAGAAAGCAGAGAAGAAGUCAAUAAAGGAUUUUGAAAAACGCUUAAAAGAUGAGAAAAACAGAGAAAAGGAGGAUAGAAGACAGAGAAAAGCAGAGAAAGAAAAGAGAAGACUGGAAAAUCAGAGGAAAUCAGAAAUUGUUCAGCCGAUAAAAAAUACAGCAAAAAUCAAGAGAAUGAAAAAGAAACAACUGAGACUUCUUGAAAAAAGAUGACAAAAAUAAAGAAGAUAAAUGAAGUGAAAUUGAUAACUGUUAAAUAACAGGAAUAUAGCUUCAGGGUACUGUGAUUUGACAAGUAAUUUUGUCUUGCUGAACUGUGCAGGUUUAUUAAACCUAAUAAAAGGUCCUCUGAACUA